CAUCGAGGGCGGGUCCGCGCAAACAGAGGAUGCGCUCGCGCUUUGAGCAUCACUGAGAACGAGCGAGGCGCCUUUACUUAAUCACCGAAAUAAAAGAGAACUUACUCAAAUCAGAGGAAACCUUUGCUUGGCGAGGAACAUGGCAUCAAAAUGUCCCAAAUGUGAAAAAACUGUUUAUUUUGCGGAGAAAGUGACGUCUCUGGGGAAAGACUGGCACAAAUUCUGUCUGAAGUGUGAACGCUGUAACAAGACCCUGAAUCCAGGAGGACAUGCUGAGCAUGAUGGGAAGCCGUACUGCCACAAGCCAUGCUAUGCUGCCCUCUAUGGACCGAAAGGUGUGAAUAUCGGAGGGGCUGGAUCAUACGUCUAUGAUGCACCUGUCGGCGAUGACUCUGUUCCUGUUGCCAUGGAAACCAAACCCAAAACUGAAGAGAAAAAGGCCACUAGAGGCCCAGUGAAAGCUGCAAGUUUCAGUUCGUUCUCUGGUGAGCCGAACAUCUGCCCAAGGUGCAACAAAACAGUGUACUUCGCUGAAAAGGUCAGUUCCCUGGGUAAAGACUGGCACAGACCCUGCCUGCGCUGCGAGAGGUGCAGUAAGACUCUAGCUGCGGGCAGCCAUGCGGAGCACGACGGCCAGCCCUACUGCCAUAAACCUUGUUACGCUGUUCUCUUUGGACCAAAAGGAGUUAAUACCGGAGGUGUCGGCAGUUACAUAUAUGAGGACCCAAACACUGAGGGCCAGGAGUAAGAACCACGACCAAACCAGCAGUGUUAACAAUCCUAGAUCAGUCCUGUCUUCUGCUCUCUUUAAAUCCACUUCCUCUCUUUCUCGAGUCUGAACUGAUCUUUAUCAACACAGUGCCACUUACAUACUUACUGAAAUGAGCUAGUAUUAAUACUUACUAAUAUAAAUCCGUGUCUAGGCUUUUUACUGUAUUUAUAUAUGGUUUUGAUAAAUUUAAGAAUGUAGUUUUUGUUUUUGACUGUGACAUUAUAUUACAGGUACACAAAAACAUUAGUUCUGAAUUUUUGACAUUAGUUCUGAUAUAGGAUUAGUUUUGUGUAGCAUUUUAGCGCACUUAUAUUAUAGUUUACUGAAGUACAGCAUAUGUUUUCUGAAAUUUGCACUUGAAAUAUGUUUAUGUAAAAUAUGUUUGUAUUUCUAAUUAAAAAGUAUUGUUAAGUGUAUUGAAAUGGUUUGUUUUCGUUUCACUUUUUGUGCGUACAAAUUCCCCUGCAAGCUCUUAGAGUUUAAUUAAAAGGAAAUUAUCAUAAAACACAAAAAUAAAUUAAUAAAACUCUGAAAAAUUAAUAGAAAUGCAAAUUACAUGGUUUGUGAAGAAUUAUGAUUGGAAAUACAUGUAACGUAAUAUGUUUAUAGCCCACAAAUAUACAAAUUAUACAUUAAAAACGGUAUAAGCCAUUUUUAUUGAGAAGUGCUAUUAUAUUUCGCAAGUAAUUAGGCUACAAAGAAAAUGUAAAAAACAUUUGAAUAAAACAUUUUAAAAAGUG